UCCUGGUUGCCAUAGUCACCUCUUGCCAGCGUCCCAAAAUGGCGUCUCUACUGCAGGAGAACCUGUUCGAGACCCGCGCGCAGGCCCCGGCCCCCAGCAAGGACUUCUACCAGCUGAUCGUCACCCGGAAGGAGGUAAUUUUCAGAUGGUGGAAAAUCUCUCUUAGAAGUGAAUUUCGCGAAGCAAAGCCUGGGGAACUUAAAGAAUCUCAUGAAUAUUUCUUGGAUGAUCCAUCUCUUCAGAUUCAGAUUGCUGUAGUUUUUGGUGCCAACACUCUGGAACAUAUCUUCAAUCUGUGCCGGGGUAACUUUGACUUUCUGGAACGGCUUCCUGACCCAUUACUCCUGUACAUCAUUUCCUUUCUGGAGCUUGAAGAUAUUGCCAGGCUUUCUCAAGUUUCACACAGAUUUAAAACGAUAUGCAACUCUGACACACUAUGGGAGAAAAUUGUGCAAAAUUUGUGUGGUGCAAUUACCCCUGAAAUGAGAGCACUGGCACAGGAAGUGGGUUGGAAGCAGUUCUUCUUCACAAACAAGCUUCAGCUUCAGCUGCAGCUCCGAAGAAGGAGGCAGAAACAAGAUGAUUCAAAGAAAUCAAAGACUAAAUAAAGCAGCAUGCUUUUUCAUUAUGGGCAAAAGUUGUAAGUGCGGACUUGUAUAUUACAUUAUAAUUGGUUACUUUUAUUGAAAAAAUGAGGCUAUUAAAACAGUAGACAUAAAGCAUAAUGGAAACAAUACAUAAACAACAUUACCUUUUAUAGACUGGAAUUUUAUUAAUCAGCUACCACCAGCAAUAGGAAAGGUUCAAGUUCUUUGAACUUCUUGACUCUGAGAUAUAAUAAGCUUACAUAUAUAGUGGUUACCAUUCAAACAGUCAGCAUUUGAUAACAGAUAUCAUAAUGUUGCCACAGUUAUUUCCUAAGAAAUAGAGAGAAAUGUGGUAUGUAAGUUCUUAUUAUGUAGAAACCAUUGGUAAAUGCUGAUUGUUUACUGGCCACCAUGGCAAAUGUGAAAUGUUAAAAGGUGACCAACGUGUGUCUUAGGUCCAAAAUUUGACCUGCAUUAAAGUGGUUUUAAAAUUAGUGAAUGUCCUCUGUAGUCUAGAUGUCUAAACUUCAAACAAAUAAGCAAAUCAGCACUUAUCAGUAAGGGGAAAUGUCAUUAGAGACCAAGAACUGAAUGGGUAUAUAUACCAAACUACCCUCUUCCUUUUAGACAGCUGCUUCAGGUCAUGGUUUGGGAACACUGGAAGGAUGGUAUAUGAGUGAAAUUUUCACUGCUUCUGCCUAUUCAGGAACUUCUGAUGAUAAUGGACUAGAGUUGCCAGCGCUGUGACGCUGAUACCUUUGAUGAGGUUUACAUUCACUUAAGUAUAUUUUCAGUUAUAAAAUAAUAUUUAUUAUUGGCUCUUUGCAGUGUAGCACAUCAGUAAUGUUCCUACCAAACAGAGCUGACAAAUCCAUGAAGAAAAUAGUUUACAUUAGAAUUUCAUCUUAAUUGUUGUUAAUUACAACAUUAACUUCAACAAUCCAGAGGUCAAGUAUUAAUAGCCUUAAAUUAUUAAUUAAUGUCUACCGUGUGUUAUUACUAGAUUUAAAUAUUGAGCAUUAAUACCAAUGCUUGCAUUUUUUCCAUGUAAUGGCCUAAAAGCUGCAUGUUUUACUCAGCUAAACUCUCACAAACUUCAGUUAGAAUCUUCCUAAGUAAGGCCUGCAGGAUUUGGCACAGUACUAAUGAUAACAUCACAAAAAUUAAGGCCAAUAUGGUUGCACUGGAAUGCCUAAAGUUAGUCAUCUGAAUUCACUAAAAAGUAGCCUGAUUUAUUUUAUGUGUUGAGCUGAUGUUGAUGAGAGUUCAUAGUAUUCAGUACCUCUGAAAAUCAGGUCAUUUUGCUUAGGUGCCUAAAUAUGGGUUCAGGUGAUUAGCUUUAGGCACACAAGUAAAGCCAAAAUGCUCAAGGUGACCUAGUUUAUUUACAACACAAACUUCUGUAAUGCAAAUGGUCUUAUUGCAUGACUAAGGACUACUUUUGUAAGAGAGGGUUACUGGGACUGGGCCCUUAAAUAUGUAGCUGGUUAUUUGAAAUAUUUUAGUAGAGCCAUGUAUAUUCUGGUUAUAGUAAGUAUAGAUACAGUAUAAAGAACUUAAUCCUGACCAAAUGCCACUAACAAUUUAUACAAUAAUCUGAGUAUGGCCAUCAGAGUGACUGACACACUGGUAAAUGAUCAAACUAAUUGUAAAAGGCGCUGAGUACAAUAGCAUGAAAGGCAGUUAGACAAGUUUUAAUCGUUAACUUCUCUAAUUUUACAUGGUGGUGUGUUAUUCUUUAUUGAUGAAGUCUUGUAUUAUCAUUAUAUUAAACAUAAAAUAAGUUGUCA